AUCUUUUUUGAUAUUUAUAGUAUGAAUAAAAAUGUUCAGAGUGAUAACUAGACAAUUUUUCCAGUAUACAUUGCAUAGCUGCAGAACACCUGUUAUUGUUAGCAAAAACUCUGUUCAUCAUAUUUGCAGAUCUCGUUUGUUGAGUUUAAAUGUUCUUCAUAAAAACAGAUCUGUCCUAGCAGUUCCAAGAGGUUUACGAAAAAAAACUGGAAGUUCAUCAAGCAAUUCGAAUGGAGAACAAAGUAAUGACAAUCCAAAUAAUGGAGAUGAUGGAGAAGAUGAAAAAAAAGGAACCAUACGACAUGCAGUAUUAAAUGAUCCAAAUGACGUUCCUCCUUUUGGUGCACUUGCACAAAUUGCUGUUCCAGAGAACUACCCAACAGUACCUAUUCUUCCACUCUAUCGAAAUCCAGUUUUUCCAAAGUUUGUCAAACUAGUUGAGGUCACAGAUAAAUGGCUUGUUGACUUGAUACGAAAAAAAGUGAAACUUGCCCAGCCUUAUGCUGGCGCAUUUCUUCGUAAAGAUGACAGUGACAAAGAAACUAUCCAAAGUCUUGAUGAAAUAUAUAAUAUUGGAACAUUUGUUCAAAUUACAGAAAUGCAUGAUUCUGGCGACAAGUUGCGUCUCAUUAUUACUGGACAUAGAAGGAUUCGAAUAACUGGUUUAAAUAAAGAAAAUGAAGCCGUAAUAGAUGAAAAUGAUAAAUAUAAAAAAGAAGAAUUUGUGCAUGAUGAAAAGGAAGAAAUAGUUUCUCAAGUAGAGAAAGAAGCUGAGGAUGAAAUCAUUCGCUUAAAAGAUAAUAUUUUGCAGUCUCCACCGCUUUUAGUAGAUAUAGAAAAUGUCCACAAUAAAACAUUUAAGCAGACACAAGAAUUAAAGGCAACAUCAGCAGAAGUUAUAAAAACUAUUCGUGAUAUUAUUGCAAUGAAUCCUUUAUAUAAGGAGUCACUUGUUCAACUUAUCGAAGCAGGAAAAAGGGUUGUAGAUAAUCCUGUUCAUCUUGCUGAUUUUGGUGCAGCUUUAACUAGUGCUGAACCUUCUCAAUUACAAGAAGUCUUAGAAGAAUGUGAUAUUCCAAAAAGACUAAUGCUUGCAUUAGAAUUAUUAAAGAAAGAAUAUGCUGUUAUAAUGCUUCAACAGAGACUUGGAAAAGAGGUUGAAGACAAAGUCAAUAAGAUGCAAAGAAAGUAUCUUCUUCAAGAACAACUUAAAAUUAUUAAAAAAGAGUUAGGCUUGGAGAAAGAUGACAAGGAGACUGUUGUUGAAAAGUUUCGUAGUCGCCUACAAAAUCUUAAAGUACCAGAAAAAGUCAAUGAAGUCAUUGAAGAAGAAAUAAAUAAAUUAAUCUUUUUAGACAACCAUUCCUCUGAGUUCAGUGUAACAAGAAAUUAUCUUGAUUGGUUAACAAAUAUUCCUUGGGGCUUACACAGUGAAGAUAUCCUAGAUUUAAAGCGAGCUGCUCAAAUAUUAAACCAUGAUCAUUAUGGUCUAGAAGAUAUUAAAGAUAGAAUCUUGGAGUUCAUUGCAGUGACAAAAAUUAGUGGAAAUAUCCAAGGAAAAAUUCUUUGCUUUACAGGUCCACCUGGCGUUGGUAAAACAAGUAUCGGAAAGUCAAUUGCUCGAUCUUUAAAUCGUGAAUAUUUUCGCUUUAGUGUUGGUGGUUUAACAGAUGUAGCAGAAAUUAAAGGUCAUCGACGGACUUAUGUUGGAGCAAUGCCUGGAAAAGUUAUUCAAUGUUUGAAAAAGACUAGAACAGAAAACCCCCUUAUUUUGAUUGAUGAAGUUGAUAAAAUUGGUAGAGGGGUACAAGGCGAUCCUACAUCUGCUCUUCUUGAACUGUUGGAUCCUGAACAGAAUCAUAAUUUUUUAGAUUAUUAUCUUGAUGUUCCAGUCGAUUUGUCUAAAGUUCUUUUUAUAUGCACAGCUAAUAAUGUUGAGACAAUACCUGCUCCUUUAAGAGAUAGAAUGGAGAUUAUUGAAGUAUCUGGUUAUGUUGAAGAUGAGAAAAUUGGUAUUGCCCAACAAUACUUAAUUCCUCAAGCACGUAUAACAACCGGUAUGAAUGCUGAAAUGAUUGAUAUUAGUAAGGAAGCAUUGAAAGUAUUAGUUCAGAAAUACUGUCGUGAAAGUGGAGUCAGAAAUUUACAAAAGCAUAUUGAAAAAAUAUUUCGUAAAGCAGCACUAAAAUAUAUAGAAAAAAAAGAUUAUAUUCAAAUUGCACCAGAUCUUUUAAAGCAAUACGUUGGAAACCCUAUAUUCAAUGCAGAGAGAAUGUAUAAUAAAACUCCACCCGGGGUGGCCACUGGUCUUGCAUGGACAUCAAUGGGAGGUUCUAUUUUAUUUAUUGAGACUACUGGAAAAAUUAAGAAAGAUUCAAACGAAAAACUUGUGAGUUCUUUAGAGAUUACAGGCCAACUCGGUGAUGUUAUGAAAGAAAGCUGCCGGAUUGCUUACACAUUUGCUAAAUCAUUCUUAAAUAAAAAAGAUUCAUCUAACUCCUUUUUUGAUGGAUCCGCAAUACAUUUGCAUGUACCAGAAGGAGCUACUCCAAAAGAUGGUCCCUCAGCUGGUUGUACAAUUGUCACUGCUUUACUUUCUCUUGCAAUUAAUCAGCCAAUCAAACAAAAUUUAGCAAUGACUGGUGAAUUGUCUCUCACUGGCAAGGUUUUGCCAGUCGGUGGAAUAAAAGAAAAAUUAAUAGCUGCUCGUCGAUCAGAAAUCGAAACUGUUCUUCUUCCAGAAGCGAAUCGAAAAGACUAUGAUGAUUUAAAAGAUUUUAUAAAAGAAAAUAUUAAUGUGAAGUUUGUUUCUACUUAUGAAGAUGUUUUUAACGAAGCUUUUGAUAAGAGCUAAAAAAAAUUUGUUUUGAUUAUUUAUAUAUGUGUUGUAUCCAUUUUCUACUAUGAUAUGUCUUCCUUUAUUUUA